AUGAAUCGAGCUGUAGAAGCCGCCAACAAGAACAUAAAGAAGAUUUUGAGGAAAAUGAUUGACAAUCACAGAGGUUGGCAUGAGAUGUUGCCACACGUUUUAUUGGGUUACAGAACAACCAUCAGAACGUCAGUUGGAGCUACCCCAUAUUUGUUAGUAUAUGGAAGAGAAGCAGUUAUACCUGUCGAAGUCGAAAUACCUUUACUGAGAAUCAUCCAAGAAGCUGAAUUAAGUUAUGAUGAAUGGGUUCGCAAACUGAUUGACCAGCUAACAUUGAUUGAUGAGAAGAGAAUGGUUGUCGUUUGUCAUGGUCAACUAUAUCGACAGAGAAUGAAUCGCGCUUUCCACAAGAUAGUAAGAACCAGAAUGUUUGAGGUUGGUCAGUUGGUUCUCAAACGAAUUUUCCCUUACCAGGAUGAAUAUAAAGGGAAAUUUGCACCAAAUUGGCAAGGACCCUACAUGGUUCGCAAAGUGUUAUCUGGAGGCGCCUUAGUCCUGUUGGAGAUGGAUGGCACCAAAUGGCCGAAACCAAUCAACUCAGAUGUUGUCAAGAGAUAUUAUGUGUGA